GAUAUUACCUUAGGGGUUUUUACCCGUAAUUUACCCUUAACUAAUACAAGGCAUAAUUAAGAGCAUAUAAAAAAGGAAGGACUAAGGAGCAAUUAGGGAAUGGCAACUGAAAUGGAGGCGCAAUGGUCGGAUUUCCACAGGAUAAAAAUGGGGUGUAAUAAAAAAAAGGAAAUGCUCAAAACAUAUCGAAUGGUUGUUUUUCCAACCCAUUGUUCUUACGCCCAAUUUUUUCUUCCUUUGAUUCUCUGCUCUUCUUCUCAUCACAAAUAAUUGCAGAGGAAAAGGGAAGAAAAAAAACAAAAUUAAAUAAAAAAAAUUUGUAGGCUGGCUGCUUUAUUUUUUGUUGCAGGGCAAAAUAAUUUAAAUUCAAAGGGUAUUGUUCGUCGUUCAAUUUUCCUAUGCAUGUGUUCUUCCUCGGAGAGUUUUGAGCAAUUCUCCAGCUCCUAAUAAAAAACGUGGUGCUGCGAAAAUGUUCGAUUUCGCCGUAAAAUCACGACAAAACGGACCAGGCUCUCCGAUGGCGGCGGCAACUACACUUUCUCCGAGAGACGUCGGAGAAAUCGACACAAGGUCGCCUUUCCAGUCGGUCAAAGCCGCCGUCACUUUAUUCGGCGAAGUCGUCUCCCCCAAAUCAACGUCGUUAACAAACCCUCUCUCGACGAAAAAGUCCAAAGCUGAAGAAAGGGUGUUGGAAAAGGAGACGCAACACCACAUAAUGCUCAAAGAACUCGAUUACUACAAAGAUCAGCUAAGGCACGCAGAAACCGCAAAAGCUCAAGCCUUACGCGAGCUUAGCAGGGCAAACCGAACACUUCAAGAACUCACGAACAAGCUCGAACUUUUAAGCGAGUCGAAGCAAAAAUCGAUUCAAACCGCGCAAACAGCCAAAAUCCGAGCUAAAGAACUCGAAGAACAGUAUUCCAUCAGAGCUCAAUUGGGCACAGAUGCAUGGAAAGUCGAUCUCGAAAACGAGCGAGAGCUCUACAAAUCAUCCACCGGAGAACUCAUCGCCACCAAACAAGAGCUCGCGAAUUUAAGACAGGAUUUCGACGCAGCUUUAGUCGACAAAUUGUCCGUUUUUCAGACAGCUGAAGAUGCCCAACACACUGCUCAAAUGAACCAGGAGAGGCAGAGUAAACUGUCCGAAGAAGUGAAAAAAUUGCACGAAAUGCUCGAUCAAGUGAAGCUCGUUUCCGAUCGAGAUCGAGAAGAGCAUGAUAAGGUUAUUGCAGAAAAAGACGAAUUCUUGCGGGCCCGUAAAUCAGCUAAGGAAGAAGUCGACAAGGAAAUCGAGUGUUUGAGAGAAGAGUACGAGCCUGCGGAAACCCUACAGGAGAAGCUUCUAGAAACAACCAAGGCGUUUAGGGUUUUGCAGGAGCAGCUGAACGAUAUUCAGUCCUCUCAUUUGUACUCCAUCAAGAAAAUGGCUUCGGAUCUCGAAGCUGCAAAGAGGGAACUGCAAGAAGCUGUGGCGGAAGAAGAUUCCCUUCGAGAUUCUGUUGACUCGAUCAAGAUCCAAUUGGAGGAAGUGAAGAGGGAUCGGUUGGAAACGGAGAAGAGAGCACUAGCAGCAGAAUCGACUGUCGAGCAAAUGCAGGCCGAUUUAGAGAAGAGGAAGACAGAUCUCGAAGCAGCCAUGUCAGCAUCUGCUUCGGUUAUUAUGCAGUUGUCUCUCAAAAAGAUUUUAGCCGAAGCCGAAAUGGCUAGAAACGAAGCUGAGGAUUGUAAGACGAAAGCCGAGUUAUUAAAGCAAGAAGCUGAGUCAGCGAGAAUUGCGACCGAAGAAGCUGAGGAAAAGCUGAAGCUUGCAUUAUUGGAGGCUGAAGCAGCCAAUGCUGCAGAGAAACUGACAGAGGGUCGAAUCCGCAACCAUCCCGAGUCGAAAGAAACGGGGCCCGUUAAGAUGAUCAGGUUGUCGGUUGAGGAUUUUGAUGCAAUGAAUAAGAAGAUUGAGGAGUUCAAAAAUCAAGCCGAUUCGAAAGUAGCAACUGCCAUGGCUCAAGUGGAGAGUAUAAACGCGAGUGAAAAGGGCAUUUUGGAGAAAUUGGAGGCGGUUAAGAAAGACGAAGAGGCUGUAGAAUCGGAAAUCAAGGAAGCUUUAAAGAGGGCAGAGAUGGCAGAAGCUGCCAAAAGAGCAAUCGAGAGCGAGCUCCAGAAACGGCGGGAAAAUGGACACAAAUGAAGCAAGAUAGUGGUGGGUAUAUGUACUUAUAUUAUUUUGGGAAAACAAAAUAGAUUCUUUAAUGAUUUUGAAGGUAUUUACAAAAAAGAAA